GCACCUGAAGUCCUUAAAGAGCUUGAUCAUGGUAAACAUGUAGAUAUGUGGGCUAUAGAUUCGAGCCUCAAGAAUGCUGGCAAAGAAUAUCUGAAAGAGCAAAAAUUAUUAAAUGUAGAUCCCGAUAGCCGUUUUACUGCUCAUCAAGCACUUAAUCAUUCCUGGUUUUGUGAACCUUUGCCUAAUCAAAUUGGUGAUCCACCUCGUCGCUUUAAUGCUCAUAGAAUUUUCAAAAAAGCUGUUAAUACUAUUAGAGUAAUCAAUGAUCUCUCUCAUGCAAAUAGUUCGAAUAUUGUUAAUUUAUUAGAAGAGUCGAGGAUGAAAAUGUUGUUGCCGCUUUAA